AGUGAAGGAGGAUGAGGUGAGGGAUGUUGCUACUCUCCUCCUGCUUCUGCUGCCGCGUGGACACAACUCUGCAGGCUUGGAAGUACAGGACCGGCCUCAUCCACGCAUGGGGUGGCGCUGAUCUGGGAUGUUGAGCGGGUCUUCUUCCUGCGAAUGGCAAAGGAAGAAAUCAGGUAGGAAGGACUUUGGGCUGCCAUUCCUGCUGUCUUGUCUUCCCGUCGACAUCUUGCUGCCUCCGAGUCCACUUUGCGCUUCUGCUGUUGCGCUGUAAGGUGUGAACAUGGAGGCCUUUUCUGCUGAGUCACGAGGACGACAUCACGUGCGAAAAUGACAAUAAAACAGGUUACAUCCGUCCUGACAUCAUCCUGACACUUCCUCCUCCUCCUCCCCCUGAUCCCAUCUCCUGGUGGACAUUUUACACUUCAUGUUUUGGAUUAUAAAAGCUUGUCAGCAGAUUCAGGGAUAAUAAUUCUCCUCCUGGACGAGAUGACAAACCUCUUAGCCUCAGUCUUCAACCUCCAUCUGACCUGAGAUUAACUACCUGCCUGUUUCUGGUGGAACUGCACCUUGCCAGUCGUCCCCCAUCCUUAUCAUAUUUAGGCAUUAUGGGAGACGGGAGCUGGGUGUGUCUGAGCCCAGCUGAGUUCAAACAGCUCCAACAGUACAGUGAAUACUCCACAAAAAAGUUAAAGGAUGUUCUGGAGGAAUUCCAUGGCGAAGGAGUGCUCUCCAAAUACAACCCUGAACAGCAGCGCGAUGUUCUCGACAAACCAAUCGACUACGAGGGCUUCCGGCUCUUCAUGGCCACCUACCUGGAGAACGAGAUCCCAGAAGAGCUGUGUCAGCACCUCUUCACCUCUUUCAAGAGCAAGACGGGAGCUGCCUCGCCUGACCGUUGUCGAGCAGCAGGAAACUUACUGGAGUCCUGUUCCAUUGAUGCUGGUAUUUCUAUUCACACAGAGGUGGCCUGUGCCCCCAUCACAGGCAUGAAUGGUAAAAGCAUCCUGUCGGCGAUGGGUCGACACACGCCAGAGCUUGCCUGCGGCACUCGGCCCACCACCUCUCCUUGUUCAUCUGGCUCCUCCUCGCAGCGGUCCAGAACCGGGGCCCACACGCCUGAGGGGCCCCACCGCUCUCCAUGCAUCCAGGUCAAGCCCUUCCAGAGCAGCAAUAAUGCCCUGACCCCCAAUGCUGGCCCAGCUCAGUUGCCAGUAUCACCCCUGAAACGCUCACAAGAGAAAAGCCACUCGGAGAAGCAAUUGUUGCUGCGUAGCAGUCCGUCGCCACACAAAGGAUCCCCACAGUCAGUGCCACAGGUGGUCUUCCUGAAGGAUAUCGUCUGCUACCUUUCCUUGCUGGAGCGCGGCACGCCGGAGGACAAGCUGGAGUUCAUGUUCCGGCUAUACGACACGGACGGCAACGGCGUCUUGGACAGUUCGGAGCUGGACCGCAUCAUCAAUCAGAUGGUACACGUUGCCGAGUAUCUGGAGUGGGAUUCGACAGAGCUACAGCCGAUUCUGAAGGAAAUGAUGGAGGAGAUCGACUACGAUCGAGAUGGCACUGUCACCCUGGAAGAGUGGAUCCGAGGAGGCCUGACCACCAUCCCCUUACUGGUUCUGCUCGGCAUGGACACGAAUGUUCAGGAGGACGGCCAGCACGUGUGGCGCCUAAAGCACUUCAACAAACCGGCCUACUGUAACUUUUGUCACACCAUGCUACUGGGUGUGCGCAAGCAGGGCCUCUGCUGCUCCUUAUGCAAGUACACGGUGCAUGAGCGCUGUGUGUCCAAAGACAUCGCCGCCUGCAUAAGCACCUACGCCAAGUCUCGCAGGCACACCAACGCUAUGCAGCACGUAUGGAUGGAGGGAAACUCCCCUACCAAAUGUGACCGAUGCCACCGGAGCAUCAAAUGCUACCAGGGCCUGACCGGCCUCCACUGUGUGUGGUGCCAGAUCACUCUUCACAAUAAAUGUGCAUCCCAUGUGAAGCCAGAGUGUGAUGGCGGAGCCUUAAGGGACCAUACUCUGCUACCCUCCUACAUUUGUCCCGUCGUCCUGGACCGCCAAUCGGUGAAACGCGGCGAGGGCGAAUCGCCUCCCUGCACCAGCCCGGACGACAUCAACCACAUGUUGAAAUUGUCCCCAGGAGAUGGACAAGCACUUCAGAUCUCGCCCUUAACAGGCACUCAUCCUCUGCUGGUGCUGGUCAAUCCCAAAAGCGGCGGAAGACAGGGGGAACGGGUUCUCAGGAAGUUCCGGUACCUUCUUAACCCACGGCAGGUGCAUAGUUUGGACCAAGGUGGCCCAGCACUCAGGCUCAACUUUUUUCACGACGUCCCUGAUUUCCGAGUGCUUGCCUGCGGCGGGGACGGCACCGUCGGUUGGAUCCUAGACUGUAUAGACAAGGCCAACUUCGCCCGGCACCCCCCUGUAGCCAUCCUGCCACUGGGGACAGGCAACGACCUGGCACGCUGCCUCCGCUGGGGGGGAGGAUACGAGGGGGGCAGCUUGCUAAAGUUCCUGCACGACAUUGAGCAUAGCAUCGAGGUGGUGUUGGACCGUUGGAACAUCGAUAUUGUGCCUGAUGACAAGGAGGAGAAGGGUGACCCGGUACCCUACAACAUCGUCAACAACUACUUUUCUAUCGGUGUGGACGCCUCUAUUGCCCAUCGCUUCCAUCUGAUGAGGGAGAAGCACCCAGAGAAGUUCAACAGCAGAAUGAAGAACAAGCUAUGGUACUUUGAGUUUGGCACCACAGAGACCAUUGCAGCGACCUGCAAGAAGCUCAACGAGUGCAUUGAGGUUGAGUGCGACGGCAUCAUAUUGGACCUGAGCAACACCUCCUUGGAGGGCAUCGCCGUGCUCAACAUUCCCAGCAUGCAUGGCGGCUCCAACCUCUGGGGUGAGACUAAGAGGCGGCGGAAUUACAACCGUAUGAGCAAGAAGGUUCCUGAAAGGAUCCCAAGCAAUACCGUAACCGACCCCAAAGGGCUCAAGUUUUGCAUGCAAGACUUUAGCGACCAGCUGCUGGAGGUAGUCGGCCUGGAGGGCGCCAUCGAGAUGGGUCAAAUCUACACGGGGCUGAAGAGCGCCGGGCGCCGCCUUGCUCAGUGCGCCAACGUCAUCAUCAGGACAUCCCGUAGGCUGCCCAUGCAGAUUGACGGCGAGCCCUGGAUGCAGCCACCAUGCACGAUCAGGAUCACCCACAAGAACCAGGUUCCCAUGCUGCUGGGUCCACCCCAGAAGACACCCUUCUUUUUUUUCAAGAAGCGCAACCGCAGUCAGGACUAGAACAUACGUGUGUACACAUCCAAAGUUGACUAAAAACACAAUUGUGAUUUAAAAAGAAACACACACACAGUAUACUGUACAGGCAGCUCUAACCAGAUAUGGAAGACUUGCAGUGAUCCCUCCUGUCAACUGCCAACACAAGCCAAACGCCUGACAUACAUGAAAACAACUGCAAAGGAAGGGAUGCAAAGACAACAACAGGAAGUUGCCGUACGAGGCCCGCUAAGAACAACCGGCGUUAAGAAAACGCCAUGUAUAAUUCAGCUAAUUCAGAGAGUGAAGCGGCUUCAUCCAUUAUUGACCCCUUUUGUUCAGGGCUGGAUGGCAGCGGGGCGUCGGGGCGUCCAGAAUGGGGCCAAACAUGUUGGGAUUUUUGCAUCCUUCUAAAUGUACCUUUACGAGCAACUUUCAAGUUGAAAGUUAAUAUUCGAGUGGUCCAAUUACUUUACAUCCCCCUCAGGGACUAACAGCCAGACCACCGCAGUUUUUUUUAAUGUACCAAAGCUAAAACAGCAAGCCUCCUUUUCUAAAAUGCAUUGCGCUAUUUCGGGAAGGGUUUAAGUCACCUCCCGCGAAACAUGAAGCCUGAUGAUGAACGGCGGCUCCGGGCUUGCGUGUGUCCCAACUGUCAAAAGUUGAGAGGGAAAGUUUGUCCAAUUCUACGAGACACAUAUAGAAUUUGUGUGUGUGUGUGUGUGUGUGUGUAUAUAUACUGUAUAUAUAUUUAUCACGAAAGUAGGAUUAGAUCACAUGUACUGCACAUACAAAUGUGUUUUACCGGUACUCUAUCCUCGUCAUCGUUAGCUCAGCACGUCAUGUUUAGCGGUGUUUGCCAUUAUCAGUGAGUUUUGAGGUUUUCCCCCCAAAGUGGAAUUUGCAACCUUUUUUUUUUAAUCCAGCAUUUUGGAAAUCAUAUUGGAGUUUUAAAAUGUCGAAUGAACAAAUUAUCUCUUCUUACAAAGUUUAUGAGUGUGACAUAUGGGAAGUCCUCGGUUUAACUACAGACAGAAACGCCGGUCAGCUGUUCAGAAUUCGACACCAUUUUUCCCAUUGUAGAAGUUCUCAUAAAUCAAACUGUCGCCAAGCAAUCUUUCUGUGUAAUUUUAACAUUCAGGAUGGUUGGACAUGUGUUCAAAUGAGACCAAAAUAAAUAAAUCGGGUGUCAUGGAUGAGUUGCAUUGCAAUUGUGCCUCAAGCCUCUGCUUUUUUUUUUUUAAUGUUUAGUUGUCUCAUAAGUAGGGCUACAACUAAAGAUUCUUAUAAUAAUCGAUUAAUCUGUCAAUUAGUUUGCCGAUUAAUUGAGGAGUCGGACUGAAAAGUCAUUUUCAUUUCCAUCCUUUUUCAUUUUCAAAAACAGGACAUCUUUUCAAAUUGGCAAUGCUGAAAACACACAAACACAUUUCUUUUGAGUCAGUUACUGGUUUGUUAGAUAAACAUGUCAGAAAGUAGGCUUACAUGUUUUUUGUUGUAUUCCAAAGUAAAAGCAGAUUAUUGGAAAUGUUUUGUUUUAACUGACCACAAAUAUAAUCAGUGUGAGAAUAUUUAGUGUGUAGAGGAUGAAAUUCUGAGAAUUUUACUUUUUAAAAAGUCAACAAAGUAUCACUCGAUUGUCAAAUAUAAUAAUGGAUUGAUUUGAUGUCUAAUUUAUUCACCGAUUAUUUGCACCUCUAUACGUACGUCUCAAAAGAUAAUUCAACUUUGUGGGGGAUCACCGUCUCAGUCCACUGGUUUUAGCAAGACAGCGUAUACUGAAAAAAACAUACGUUAAGGGGUGAAGCUUGGUCGCCUUUAGCCCCCCUUUCCUUUAAAAUAUUGCCGAGUUCACUUCAGCUCAACUCGUCAACACCGAUACAAAAACACGGAGACUGUAGAUAGCGUAAUGUGUUUCUUGUGAGUUUGUAUAUGAGAAGGAGAGAUGAUGGCGUGUUUCCAAUAGCAUCGCAAUGACCGUUAAAGCAAAUGUCGGAGACCACUAGAACCACAAUGAAUGUACAUACGGCACUUGUUUGUGACAUUACAUGUGAUGUCAUCUUACCACCCGCCUGCUGUUACACCAAUAGAGUGAACAACAAAAAAAGGAGGUACAGUACUCAAAAUGUCAUCUUGGAUUCAUUCAUCAUUUUAAACAGUGAAUAAAUAGUACUUAGUACACAUACAGUGAGCAGCAGAGGUAGGAAGUAACGAGUUUAAUGCAACGCACGUUUUACUUUUAUCUGAGUAUUUUUGGUAAGAAGAAACGCCGCUUCCCGCUCACAGUUUGUGUGUAUACUGUAUCUACAGGUAUUUAUUAUUGCGUCUAUUUUGGUUUGUCCGAGACUUGUUUCCCAUGACUAUGUUCACCAUUCCAACAUACCUUGUAACAAGUGCUGAUGCUGACUCUAUUUGACCGUUCAAACUGAGCGAGGUGGUGACAGACUCACUUACAUGAAACAUGGCAAAAUCAAAAUUUGUCUCUCAGAUUGGCUCACACUCACCCUCUACCUUAGUGAAGAAAUGGAUGGAUUGAACUACAGCUAUGUCAUGUCCAAGUGAUGGCAUUUCAGGAACUAAAAAAAAUCCACAUGGAACUUGAGAAACAACUUGAGUUGGUAGAACUCAGACUGUUUUGAAGUAAUUCAAAGGAUGUCCGCGUUGUCGAUAAAUGUGGGUGAAUCCAAAGUUUCAAAGUUCAAUAGAAUUGAAUUAUAUAUUUUGGAGUCUCCAGUGAGCCUAUUUUGCUGUUUCACGUGUAAAACCAGAAAGUUCAUUAAAGACCGUCUAGUGUGGCCCAA